UUAUAUUCAAACACCCAAACAGCCCACCCCAUCUAUUCUGAGAUGGUUUUCCCUUCUUUUCUGACCUUCUUUCUCUUACUUUUCUCUCUCCAUGGCCUUGCCUUUGCUUCGAAAACAGGGCGCUACAGCUCUUUGUUCAGCUUUGGCGAUUCGAUUUCCGAUACCGGCAACCUUCUCCUCUCGGGGGACAAUCCGUUUAUAGGGAUAGCAAACCCUCCCUAUGGCCAAACAUUCUUCAAAAAACCGACCGGUCGAUGCUCUGAUGGCCGUUUAAUCGUAGACUUCUUUGCUGAGGCCUUGGGGCUCCCUUUCCUGCCUCCUUAUCUUUCAAAGUCGAAAAGUAAGAAGGAUUUUCGGAAGGGUAUGAACUUCGCAGUCGCCGGAGCCACGGCUCUCAGUUACUCGUAUUUUGAAAGCAGAGGUAUGGGGUUGCUGUGGACAAACAAAUCUCUUAGUGUCCAACUAGAAUGGUUCCAACAGUUCCUGCCUUCAUUGUGCCAUCCAGGCACUGGUGAAGACUGUAAAAGGUAUCUCAAGAAUUCAUUGUUUCUAGUUGGGGAGAUUGGGGGGAAUGACUUCAAUUAUCCCUUACUACAGGCCAGGAGUUUACAUGAAGCUAGAACUUAUGUACCUGAUGUUAUUAAGGCCAUCACUGAAGCUGUUUCGGUGUUGAUCCGUCUGGGUGCGAAAACUCUUGUCGUGCCGGGUAACUUCCCGACUGGGUGCUCCACUCUUUAUCUCACAGUUUUUCAGACAAACAACAAGGAUGAAUAUGAACCAAGCACUGGAUGUCUAAUCCGUUUCAAUGAAUUUGCAAGCUACUACAACUCAAAGCUCCAAGAUGGAAUCCAAGCAUUAAGAAAGAGGUUUCCCAAGGCCACAAUCAUCUAUGCUGAUAACUACAACAUGUCUAUGCGCUUUGUUGAAACCCCAACACUCUUUGGAUUUCCAAAGGAGAGAGUUCUUUUUGCAUGCUGUGGAGGUGGAGGGCCUUACAACUUCGACAUAACAAAGACGUGUGGAAGUCCCCGGGUCAAAGCUUGCACAUAUCCGGCCCAAUAUGCCGAUUGGGAUGGCCUACAUCUCACAGAAGCCGCUUAUGAGUUCAUUGCCAAGGCCAUGUUGAAUGGAGAAUUCAUGCAUCCUCCCAUCAAACUUGGUGUUGCUGCUUAAUGACUAUCGAUUCAAGUGUCAAUUGUUAGUUGCUAAGUUUCUAAUAAUUUUCCAAGUGUGAUCAAUUACAAGUCUAGUGGAUGUGGUGGGGGUUUAGUUAUUUUCAAUUUCUUAGUUAUUUCUCCCUUUUUUUUACAAAGUUCUAUAAUGUAUUGAAUAUCUUAAUUGGUAUAUAUGGGCUCCGGGCCCGUCAUAACAUGAUCA